UGUGAAUCAUUUUGACUCGUCGUCAACUCAGCUCUCACUGUGAAUGCCAUGAUGUUCUUUUUUCCCCUCUUGUCUUACUCUCAGAUGCUUAGAGAACAGUGAUAAUGGAGAACCCUAAAACCCCAGAAAGUUUAGAAUCGAAAAUCCAGAUUUUGAAUUCUUAGAGGAAGGUUAUGAAGAUCCUGAUUUGCUCACUUUGAUCGAAAGUAGUAAUGGGUUAGGCUCCAUUUUUAAUGUUCAGCUUCAAGAAAAUGGCAAUGCUGUUGGAGGAGAUAGCUUAGCUAUGGAUGUAAAAGAGAAUGGUGUCAAUGUUAUUGAGACUGCAGAAGGCUGUUUACUGAACGAUAGAGUUGAUAAAAUGAAAGAGGAUCAAAUUGGUAUGGAAGUGGAUAGCGGAAGUGGGGACAAUGCCUUUGUAGAACCUGUUAAGGAUGAGGGGACGAAGGACAUUGAUCGUUCGAGGAUUAAUGGAGUUGAUCUGGUUAAUAGGGUACAAGUUUUUGGAGACAGCAUAUCGCUUUAUGUGGACUUUUCAGGAACUCUAAUUGAAGUAAACAGAACUAGGUUAAUGGUAAGUGAGUACGAGUUGAAGGAAGCCGGAAAUGAGGGGGAGUUAGUAACUGUUGGACCGGAAUAUAAGUUUUAUGUAGGUGGUAUUGUUUGGGUUAGAACGAAAAGUCUGAGUUGGUGGCCGGGAAAGAUCGUAGAUCCCUCAGAGGAGCCAGAGUAUGCUUUGGUUGGUGACGAGAAAAACUGCUUUCUCGUUGGGUACUUUGGUAUUAGCCAUAUUGUUUGGUGCUGCCCAUCUCAGUUGAAGCCUUUCUUUGUGAACUUUGAGCAGAUGAUUAGAAAGAAUAAAGCUAGAAGCUUUCUUGCUGCAGUUGAGAAGGGUAUGGAUGAUUUCGGGAAGUGCCUGAAGUUGGAGAUGAUAUGUUCUUUUGUUUCGAAAGAAAAUAAGUUAUUAUCUAGUAAUUGCGCUAACAAGGAAGGAGCUUCCUUGGCUGAGUGUAAAUCUGGUCAAUUGACGGAGUUUUCUGCUGCGCUAUUUGAGCCUGUGAAGUUUCUUUGUCAACUCAAAAUUCUUGCACAGGUUGUUACAAAGCCUGAUAUACUUGAGUUUGUUGUCGUACGGUGCUACUUGUCAGUGUUUUUCUGUUCCAUGGGACAUUGGCAAUUGCCCUUGAAUCAACUGUGGGAAACGACAUGUAAUGCAGAGAAUGCUGAAAAAAACAGCAUACCAUAUAAAUUAUUGUUGGAACAAUCUGAUGCAAUGAAGAAUGAGAUGAUACAGCUCAAUCAGAAUGGGGUUUCGGUCAAAAUAUCAGGUGAGGACUCGGGGCCUUUCUCUAGUAAACAGGCUUUGACUUCAAGGAAGAGAGAGGAAAAUUUAUGAUGAGGUGAGGAAUAGC